AUGUUUUCACCACUAUACAAUAGUGACCAGAGUUGUAGCUGUAACUCAGAAUUCCAUUCCAUAUGCCAAGGCAGUGACAAAGAGACAUGCUACGUCAGUCUAUUCCAAGUGUGUAUGAACUAUCUGUUUCCUAGAGAGUUUCCCAUGCCGUCCACCAUCUACCAGUUCAAGGUCAAGUGUGAUCAGUCGGUGUCGGACCCGAAAAAAAGGAUCAUCGGGAAACUUUUAUCACCAGUGGGAAGGUGUUCGAAAUUCCCGAAAGGAAUCUUCGUGCAAUCCCCAUCGGAGAACCUCGUGACGAAAAUAUAUUGUCCUGGGGCCGAAAAUAAGUCUUUAUGUCGAAACAAUAAAUAA